AUGACGCAUUUUAGCAUCAUUUGGGUUCAAGUAGUAGCCUCUCCACUUCCUCUUGCUGUCGUUGAGGAGAUUUUUCUGAAUCUACCAGCAUAUAAUGUUGUGCGCGACUGUCGUCUUGUUUGCCGUGAGUGGAAGCAAUUGGUGGACAGUGCUGCCCUGUGGAGGGAGCGGUGUAGGAGAGAAGGCUUUGAGCCUGAGGCCACAAAGUCCCCAAGAAACUGGCAGGCAUUUUAUUUCUUGUGUAAGAAUAGACGAAACCUGUUGAAAAAUCCCAUUGCUGAAGAUGGAGUCCACGGGUGGAAAAUAAUACAGAAUGGAGGGGAUAUGUGGAAAAUAGAGGAACUCCCAGAGCCACUUCAUGGCCGAAUCAAAAAAUAUUUUGUUACCUCCUAUCAACGCUGUCUUAAAGAGCAGUUGAUCUGCUUAGAAAAAGAAGGUUACAGUCCACUUCUCAUGGAUGAAAUACAACCUCGAAUAAUAAUCUCUGACUGGUAUGCACCACGCUGGGACUGUGGGUCUGAGUAUGAGAUCUGUGUGGAGCUGCUGAACCACAAGAAGCAAGUGAUCCAAACCUUUAGACCUGAGAGAGUAUACUUUCCCCAAUGGAAUGAUACGCAGUGGAACAACGUGACACAUGCUUUUCAGGAUUAUGGACCUGGUGUGCGCUACGUCAGAUUUAUUCACGGUGGUAAAGACACACAGUUCUGGGCUGGCUGGUACGGAAUCCGUGUUACAAACAGCUCCGUGGAGAUCAACCCAGCAGCAAGGGUUUCAGCAGACAGCGCAGAUCAAUGAGAAGCAGUCCUGAGACACAGCAACAUGCUGGUGGCCAAGGGGAAAGGUGGACCAUCUUACUGCAGCUCUCAUGCAUACAAGCAUUCAGUGCCUUGCUUAAGGGCAAACACUGCAGUCCUGUAUGUCAUGAUUAUUAAGCUUGUUAAAUAACAUUUGUCUUUGCACAAAUUCAAAAUUGCACAACAUGUUUAUUUUCUGUAUACUACUUCCACA